GGUUCGGAAGCUCUUACUUGUCUUUACGUAAACCUUCCCUUCUCGAAUAAGAGUGUUUAGGAAACGCUCCUCAGAAGUUCGUAUGCUAUGAUAUAAAACCGGAAAAAGAGAUCGUUCGUGAGACUGGACUUCUUAACAACAAGGUCCAAACCUCCGAACUUCCCGGAAACUCCGAGCGUUUUGAAGGCGGCAUGUGACCCAUGGACCGGACCGCGGAAUGUCCAACAGCGCUACCCCACAAGGAGCGGUGUCUGCCUGCAGCCAGUAUUGCCCGAUUUGGCGGGAAAUAUGCCCCAAUCUGGCAACACUGCUCCCUGGUGGCUGCCUGCGAGAGUUCACCGCGGACACUUCUGCUGCGCUAUGGGAGAUUCUGAAUAUCCACGUUCGCGCUGACACCAAGAGACCCUGGCCCGCUGAGCCGUCCUCAGCGGACGGAGGAGGGACGUUUGAUUGACGUCCAGGAGAGAAACGUGCCUGAGUUGAGCCGGCGGGAUGGAAGACCAAUCACCAUCGUCGGAGGGCAGGAAGUGCAGUGCGGUCACAGGAAGUGGGCGGAAGCUGAAGGACAACGCCGCCGACUGGCACAACCUGAUCCUCCGCUGGGAGAAGCUCAACAACGAGGGCUCGGGCGUGGCCGAGAAGAUCGUCGACCAGCGGCUCAAACGGUCUCCCGGUGAGGCCGCGGCCCCCCCGCCAGGCUCUGCGCCCCCCGCCCGCGGCCGUCCCCUGGAGCAGGCGUGCUCCGAGCUUGUGGGUGUGGUCAGCAAGAUGGCGUCCAUCGUCGCCAAGAUGGAGCGCCUGGCCUCGUCUGAGCGGGGCGUCCUGGAGCUGGAGGCCUUCCAGAGGGGCGCGGCUGGCCAGGGGGGCCCACUGUUCCACAGCUGGCCGACGCAGCUGUUCGUGGAGCAGUCGGCAGGCCUGCUGCAGUGCUACCAGAAGGAGCUGGCUCUGAAGCAGAGGGUGCUGCAGGAGCUGGCCCACACCGGGCCCCCGGACCUGUGCAUGGUGUACCUCUCCUGCUGGCUGCACCAACCCUACGUCCCCGCAGACAGCCGGCUGGCCCUGGAGGCCCUGCUGCUGGAGACGGGCCACAGAGCCCUGUAGAUAUGUCGGUGUACUACAGAGCGCUGUAGAUAUAGGUCGGUGUACGACAGAGAGCUGUAGAUAUAGGUCGGUGUACGACAGAGAGCUGUAGAUAUAGGUUGUGUACGAGACUCCAGAGCCCUGUAGAUAUAGGUCGUGUACGACAGAUCGCUGUAGAUAUAGUUCGGUGUACUACAGAGCGCUGUAGAUAUAGGUCGGUGUACGACAGACUACAGAGGCCUGUGGAUAUAGAUGGGUGUACUUCAGAGGCCUGUGGAUAUAGGUGGGUGUACUAGACUCCAGAGCCCUGUGGAUAUAGCUGGGUGUACUCCAGACCUCACCCCUGAAAGCUUUUAGUAGCACUCUGUAGUGACGACAACUCUUUAUGAUCACACACGUUUAUUAGAGGAACAGAACCCCUCAACAGAUUAUAAAACGGUUGUACAGCAUCACAAUGAAUAAAAUAACACCAUCUGCCUC